CCACUUUAUUAUAUCAUACAAAAACCUCAAACACCCUCAAAAACCUCCUAAAACCCUUCAAUUUCAAUCCAAUUUCCGCCAUGAAUUCCAACUCCACAACUCCAAAUUUCGAUAAUCUUCUUCUCCAAUCGUUAAUGGGUAGACUCCAAAUCCGUCCUCCUCCUUCUUCUCUUCCUUCAUCAAACCCGCCAUUUCUUUCUCCACAAUCACUCGAAGACCUUCUCUUCAACAACCUCCCUUCCGAUGAAGACGAUGAUGAAGAAGAAGAUCAAGACUAUAACCUUAAUGGAUCCUCCUCGAAGUCCCAGCUCUCCAGAGAAGAAUCCCGGCUUGAAAAACAGAUAAUCAGAAUAAUACUUACUGGAAAGAUUGAUUCAUUGAAACCCAAUUCGGGUCAGGCUGUUACGAUUGGUGAACAUCAUAUAUGUGUCGGGUUUCAUGAAGACCCAGGUACGGAUUAUCGGGUUUGGGAAUGGCAUGGACAUAUUAUGUUAUUUGAUGAGGAAAAUGGCUAUACACCGGAGUAUAUUUAUGGGAAUUAUUUUGAAAGAGUUAGUGUGAAGUUGACGAAGAAGAAGAAAACAGAAGAAGAAGAAGAGGAGGAGGAGCUAGAGGAAGUUGAGAAAGAAGAGAAGUUGGGGAAUUUGGGGUUGAAGGAGUUGAUUGAAUCAGGUGAAUCAAAUAGUGAGGGGAGGAUACUUCGUCGGAAUAUGAACGCUGGCACUCCAAGGGUCUAGCUUACAGGCUGGUGAAUUUGCUCUUUUGCAACAAAGAGGUGCUCUGCACAUUUCCCCUUGGCUGGAUGGAGGUUUUUUCAUCUUCCCAUCUCUAAUCUAUUUGGUAUUUGAAUGGCAUACCAAGCAGCUUGGAAAGUUAGGAGAACACAGGCUUCAAUUGAAAGUUUAGGAGCUCCGUGCUGAGCAGCGUGGAGUUGAGACUACUUUUCUGUGAUAAGACUCUUCUGUUAAAUUCUCAAAGCGGUUGCCCGUGUAUAUUGGGUUGAUCACAGAUUAUAAGAUAUUCGAUUUCUGAAUGUUGAUCGUCACUGAACAUCUUUUUUGGGUGUGUUGAGUAACAUGUUUUUUAACGACUUGUCUCUGAACUAGUUUGAGUAUGUUU